AUGGCUCUGUGCGGGGGCGUCGGAGCCAUGGCUUUGCCAAGCGAGCUCAUCGUCCACAUCUUCUCCUUUCUGUCGGACCGAGACAAGCUCCGGGCCUCGGCCGUGUGUUCCCGGUGGAGGGAGUGUCUGUUCUACCCGGCUUUGUGGACCGAGCUCCGGCUGCGGAUAGGCGGCCGUAACGGUAACGGCAACGGCCAUAACGGCAACGGUCGUAACGGCCCUAACGGCUCUGGCUCGAGCUCCGACGAGACCCCAAAGCUGGAGUUCCUCAUGCGGAAGUUUGGCUCUUUCGUGCGGGAUUUGCAGCUGGAGCUCGCCCCGGCGGAGGGAAACAUGGGCCAUCUGAACAAUGACCCGUCCACCGCCCGGAUGGACCAGCCUCCCGGUCCCGACGGGGACCCGCAGCUGUCGGAGCGAUGGAGGGACGCCAUGGCCACCUACUUGGACCAGGUGUUGUGCGUGUUCACCAGCAUUAGAAACAAUAGGAUCCAGCAGCUGUUGAUGGAGCUGCUGUCCAACAGCCGGCAGCUGCGCUGGCUGUCCUGCAGCUUCAUGCUGGGCCUGGUCACUCCCUGCUCCCUGGCCUGCCUGUCCAACCCCUCCGCCGAGACUCUGCAGCACCUCAGCUUACUGGACCACCAGCUAGGUCCGCUCAUCUCUCCGUCGGAGGCGGACCGUCUCUCUAACCUCCGCUCUCUGGCUCUGGAUUUUUCCGACUUCACCUCUGAGCUGUGCGGCCUGCUGGCGUCUCCCCGGCGAACCCCGCUGCAUCGGCUCUCCCUGCUGCUCAACGGCGCCGCCCUGGAGUUCAAACCUCUGGAGGGCACGGCCACGGACGACGACUGGAAGGCCCUGGUAAUCCAGCAGAGUCCUCUCAUCUCUCCGUCGGAGGCGGACCGUCUCUCUAACCUCCGUUCUCUGGCUCUGGAUUUUUCCGACUUCACCUCUGAGCUGUGCGGCCUGCUGGCGUCUCCCCGGCGAACCCCGCUGCAUCGGCUCUCCCUGCUGCUCAACGGCGCCGCCCUGGAGUUCAAACCUCUGGAGGGCACGGCCACGGACGACGACUGGAAGGCCCUGGUCCGAGUGAGCGCCAACCUGCGCGUGUACAUCAUGGCUCUGGAGGUGGACAGCUCCGAGCUCCUCCGGGUCCUGAAGCCCAGCCUCCCCCUGGAGCGCCUCCACCUGGACAGCUACAGCACGCUGGUGACCGACGCCACCCUGGAGCUCAUCUCCCAGCAGUACAACAAAACCCUGACCCACUUCCUGCUCCUGAGGGAUGGCCCCGACUUCCCCGACCUCAGCGUCAACCGCAACGAGGACCCGCUGGUGCUGCUGGCCUGGAGGUGCACCCAGCUGGCCGUGCUGGUGAUCCACGGUGAGUCCAAACUAGGGUUGUCACGAUACUAA